GGAAGACAGGUUGCCUCAUCCUGUUGUAGAUGAAAUGCCCCUUGGGCGUACUGUGGGCUUAGAUUCCUUGUAUGAAAAGGUGUGCAGCUGCCUCGCUGAAGAUGAAGUAGGAAUUCUUGGAUUAUAUGGAAUACGCAGUGUUGGAAAAACAACACUGAUGAAGAAAAUCAACAAUGGUCUCCUCGAAACAAGACACGACUUUGAUGCGGUGAUUUGGGUUUCAGUGUCUGAGCAACCAAGCGUGAGAGCUGCUCAAGGGGUGAUUGGAAACAAAUUACAGAUCAUUGAUAGCAUGUGGCGAAAUAGAAGUCAGGAUGAAAAUGCUAUAGAAAUCUUCAAAAUCAUGAAAACAAAAAGGUUUUUGCUGUUGUUAGACAAUGUACAGAAACCACUUGAUCUCUCAGAUAUAGGAUUUCCUCUUCCUGAUGCUCGAAACAAGUCCAAAGUAAUAAUCGCAACUCGAUCAAUGAGAAUAUGCUGCAAGAUGGCAGCUCAAAGGAUAUUUGAAGUAGAGCCUUUGGAAUGGGUUGAAGCCUGGACUUUGUUCAGCGAGCUCGUCGGAGAGGACACUCUAAAUUUUAGUCCCGGGAUACAACAGCUUGCCCACAGCACUUUGGAUAGAUGCCAAGGUUUGCCAUCCGCCAUCAUAAUGGCUGGACGAACAUUGGCUGGCUGCAAGAUUGUCAGGGAAUGGGAACAGUUAACACAAGAGCUGGAGGACCUCAUAAAAGAAGAAAUUUCAGGGGAAGACAGGUUGCCUCGUGAUGUUGUGGAUGAAUUACCUCUUGGGCGUACUGUGGGCUUAGAUUUGUUGUAUGGGAGAGUUUGCAGCUGCCUCGCUGAAGAUGAAGUAGGAAUUCUUGGAUUAUAUGGAAAACGCCGUAUUGGAAAAACAACACUGAUGAAGAAAAUCAACAAUGGUCUCCUCGAAACAAGACACGGCUUUGAUGCGGUGAUUUGGGUUUCAGUGUCCGAGCAAGCAAGCGCUGUUCAAGAGGUGAUUGGAAACAAAUUACAGAUCAUUGAUAGCAUGUGGAAAAAUAGAAGUGAGGAUGAAAAUGCUAUAGAAAUCUUCAAAAUCAUGAAAACAAAAAGGUUUUUGCUGUUGUUAGACAAUGUACAGAAACCACUUGAUCUCUCAGAUAUAGGAGUUCCUCUUCCUGAUGCUCGAAACAAGUCCAAAGUAAUAAUCGCAACUCGAUCAAUGAGAAUAUGCAGUGAGAUGGCAGCUCAAAGGAUAAUUGAAGUAAAGCCUUUGGAAUGGUUUGAAGCCUGGACUUUGUUCCGCGAGCUCGUCGGAGAGGACACUCUAAAUUUUAGUCCCAGGAUACGACAGCUUGCCCACGACACUUUGGAGAGAUGCCAAGGUUUGCCAUCCGCCAUCAUAAUGGCUGGACAAACAUUGGCUGGCUGCAAGAUUGUCAGGGAAUGGGAGCAGUUAACACAAGAGCUGGAGGACCUCAUAAAAGAAGAAAUUUCAGGGAAAAACAGGUUGCCUCAUGCUGUUGUAGAUGAAAUGCCUCUUGGGCGUACUGUGGGCUUAGAUUCGUUGUAUGGGAGAGUUUGCAGCUGCCUCGCUGAAGAUGAAGUAGGAAUUCUUGGAUUAUAUGGAAUACGCGGUGUUGGAAAAACAACACUGAUGAAGAAAAUCAACAAUGGUCUCCUCGAAACAAGACACGACUUUGAUGCGGUGAUUUGGGUGUCAGUGUCCGAGCAAGCAAGCCUGAGCGCUGCUCAAGAGGUGAUUGGAAACAAAUUACAGAUCAUUGAUAGCAUGUGGCGAAAUAGAAGUCAGGAUGAAAAUGCUAUAGAAAUAUUCAAAAUCAUGAAAACAAAAAGGUUUUUGCUGUUGUUAGACAAUGUACAGAAACCACUUGAUCUCUCAGAUAUAGGAGUUCCUCAUCCUGAUGCCCGAAACAAGUCCAAAGUAAUAAUCACAACUCGAUCAAUGAGAAUAUGCUGUAAGAUGGCAGUUCAAAGGAUAUUUGAAGUAGAGCCUUUGAAAUGUAGUGAAGCCUGGACUUUGUUCAUCGGGCUCGUCAGAGAGGACACUUGUCCCAGGAUACAACAGCUUGCCCACAGCACUUUGGAGAGAUGCCAAGGUUUGCCAUCCGCCAUCAUAAUGGCUGGACGAGUAUUGGCUGGCUGCAAGAUUGUCAGGGACUGGGAACGGUUAACACAAGUGCUGGAGGACGUCAUAAAAGAAGAAAUUUCAGGGGAAGACAGGUGGCCUCAUCCUGUUGUAGAUGAAAUGCCUCUUGGGCAUACCGUGGGCUUAGAUUCGUUGUAUGGGAGAGUUUGCAGCUGCCUUACUGAAUAUCAACCAGGAAUUAUUGCAUUAUAUGGAACAGGCGGUGUUGGAAAAACAACACUAAUGAGGAAAAUCAACAACGAGUUCCUCAAAACAAGUCACCAAUUUAAUACAGUGAUUUGGGUUACUGUCUCCAAGCAAGCAAGUGUGAGAGCUGCUCAAGAGGUGAUUCGAAAUAAAUUACAAAUCCCAGAUAGCAUGUGGCAGGGUAGAACAGAGGAUGAAAGGGCUAGAGAAAUAUUAAAGAUCUUGAUAACAAAAAGGUUUGUGCUACUUUUAGAUGAUGUAUGGCAAGGACUUGAUCUCUCACAAAUAGGAUUUUGUCUUCCAAUGAUUCAAAACAGAUCCAAAGUAAUAAUCACAACUCGAAGUCAGGAAAUAUGUACUGAACUGGGCGUUCCAUUGCAAAGACAGUUUAGAGUAAAGUUUUUGGCACGGGAAGAAGCCUUGGCUUUGUUCCUGGAGAAAAUCGGAGAGAACACUCUAAAAUCUCAUCCUGACAUACCACGUCUCUCUGAAAAGGUGGCAGAACGCUGCAAAGGCUUGCCACUUGCCCUUGUUACUGUUGGACGAGCCAUGGCUGAUAAGAAUUCUCCCGAGGCAUGGGAUCAGGCAAUCCAAGAACUGAAGAAAUUCCCAGCGGAAAUUUCAGGUAUGGAGGACAGGUUAUUUCAUGUGUUGAAAUUAAGUUAUGAUAGCAUAAGAGAUGAUAUCGCCAAAUCUUGUUUCAUAUCUUGUUCUUUUUUUCCCAAGGAAUAUGAAAUUAGAAAUGAUGAGCUUAUAGAACAUUGGAUUGGGGAAGGGUUUUUUGAUGGUAAGGACAUAUAUGAAGCACGCAGACGAGGACACAGAAUCAUUGAAGACCUAAAGAAUGCAUGCUUGUUAGAGGGGGGUGAUGGAUUUAAAGAAUGUAUCAAGAUGCACGGUGUGAUACACGACAUGGCUCUAUGGAUAGGUCAAGAAUGUGGAAAAAAGAUGAACAAGAUUUUGGUGCGUGAAUCUCUUGGGCAUGUUGAGGUUGAGAGGGUUACCAGCUGGAAGGAGGCAGAAAGGAUAUCAUUGUGGGGAUGGAAUAUUGAGAAACUGCCAGGAAUGCCACAUUGCUCUAAUCUCCAGACUCUCUUUGUGAGGGAAUGCAUUCAAUUGAAGACGUUUCCAAGAGGAUUCUUCCAAUUCAUGCCUCUCAUAAGAGUUCUAGAUUUGUCAGCCACUCAUUGUUUAACGGAGUUACCUGAUGGGAUUGAGAGAUUAGUGGAAUUGGAAUACAUUAAUCUUUCAAUGACACAUGUAAAAGAGUUGCCGAUUGGGAUGACGAAGUUGACAAAACUGAGGUGCUUGUUACUUGAUGGUAUGCUUCCACUUAUAAUUCCUCCACAAUUGAUAUCUAGUCUUUCAUCAUUACAAUUGUUUAGUAUGUAUGAUGGAAAUGCUUUAUCCUCAUAUCGCACCACCUUACUGGAAGAAUUGGAUUCCAUAGGAGCUGUGGAUGAUUUAUCUCUCUCCUUUCGUAGUGUUGUAGCUCUCAAUAAAUUACUGAGCUCCUACAAGUUACAAAGGUGCAUUAGAAGAUUAAGUCUACAUGACUGCAGAGAUUUAUUAUUGCUUGAGCUAUCAUCAAUAUUUCUGAACUACUUGGAGACUCUUGUGAUGUUUAAUUGUCCUCGAUUGGAAGAAAUGAAAAUUAAUGUGGAAAAAGAGGGAAGUAAAGGAUUUGAACAAUCUUAUGGGAUCCCCAAUCCUGAGUUGAUAGUGAGAAACAACCAACACUUCCGCAGGCUUCGUGAUGUAAAGAUUUGGAGCUGUCCAAAACUGUUGAACUUGACAUGGCUUAUUUAUGCUGCCUACCUUCAGUCGCUUAAUGUUCAAUUCUGUGAAUCCAUGAAAGAAGUGAUAAGUAAUGAGUAUGUAACUUCAAGUACACAGCACGCCAGCAUAUUCACAAGGCUCACAUCUCUAGUAUUAGGUGGUAUGCCAAUGCUAGAGAGCAUCUAUCGGGGGGCACUACUCUUCCCUUCAUUGGAAAUAAUCUCUGUGAUCAAUUGCCCGAGGCUAAGAAGGCUCCCAAUCGAUUCAAUUAGUGCUGCCAAGAGCUUAAAGAAAAUUGAAGGAGAUCUAACCUGGUGGGGAAGGUUGGAAUGGGAGGAUGAAUCUGUGGAGGGGAAUUUCACCAACUAUUUUUCCCCACAAUACUUGGCUGACCCAAUGCAGGACCCAGGGGAAGUGAUGGGAAAGAUGAAACUGGUGGUAGAAGGUUCAACCUCAAGAGAGCCACCUAAACACAGCUUGUCAAUCGCUGAAGUUAUAACUCAUGAGGGAACAGGAUGAGUGUUUGAAGUUCGAUGCAACAAAGCUAUUUGCAUAUGCCUUGGUAUUAAGUGAUGUGUGGAAGAUAGGAUCCAAUUUUGUAUUAUUUGUUGUUUGCAUGUGCGUGACUAUUUUUUGUGAACUCUAAAUGGUGUGGUGGAGUUGUAUAUGCUGCUCAAAAGGCAUCACUUUGCAAGUGUUGUUGUUUUGAUGUAGAUCAUGUCCUAAGAUUGAUGUGUUUUUACAUAUGAAUUUCACUAUGCCUUCUCAAGUUCAUGAAAA